AACAGCCGCCGGUUGUCCGUGGUGGAGCGCGGCUGUGAAAGCUGAAUCAUACCGUCACGCCACCAGCUCCCCAACACGCCACCCUGAUAUCGAGACAGUGUUCGGAAAUGUAUUCACUGUUGCGUUGUGUGGUGGUUUAAAAAGUGUAAAUUGUUUUGCCUUUCAAAUACAUGAGUUAUGGGACCAAUCUUAUUAGAGCCACGAAACAAUUAAAAAGAUGGCGACAAAAUUCUCAUUUUUAAUUAUCACACGACUGUGAUCUUUUGUUACCGGAUCAUCUUUAUAACUAUGAAGUUAAAAACUUUGGCGACAGGGACACAAGAAUCUACACUCCAGAGAAUCAAAGACACAAGUAAAAUUUGGCGUGUAGGUGUCAUUAUAACUCUAACAGGUGUUGUGAUGUAUAUUAUUGGAUUCAGUACUAACUGGUGGGUGACGGUCCACAGAGGUUCUCAACAUGACGUGGACUACACUGCUCAUUAUGGCCUUUGGGAGAAGUGUGUGAAGAUAGUCUCUGUGUACAACGGGACCAUCAUCAAACAUUACUGUAAAGCUGUGGACAAUAAAGCCUACGCUGUGGCUGCUCAAGUUUUAUGCACUGUGGGAUUGAUUUCCUGUGUCUGCGGGUUCUCGCUUAGUCUACUGCUGAUGUUACGUCAGCACAUAGUCCUGACAACAGCCUCGGGCUGUCUUCUAAUUCUUGGAGCCAUGAUGACAACUGUUGGUGCCGCAGUGUAUGCCGGGAAUGUCGGUCACGAGGAGGCUAAGGCUAGCCCAGACUUCUCUGUCUUCUUCACACUGUCUGGCUGUAUGGUGCUGAUUGUAGGGACUGGACUUCAGUUGCUGUCUGCACGGACUGACUACAGCUCCAUAGAUUGACAUUGGGAUUUUAAAUUAUUGUCCCCCGAAGUGCCCGCAGCGUCAUUCCCAUCAGUAGACUGAUGUAAUCUGUUUGGUGCCUCGGCAUUACAGGCAACUUACAGUCUUUCCUUUGUAUAAUUCCUGAGAACUUUGCAAGCAAUAUCAAAUCUUGACUUACAGUCUAACCAAAGGCCACUCGUGUUACAUUGAUCACAAUUUUGUUCAGGAACUCACUCCUUACAUCACGACGUACGCCUGCUUGUCUGUAUUUUAAUAUGGCAUCAAAAUAUAGACACGAUUUUUAAAGACGACAUGCACCCAUUAAACCGUUGUUACAUCAGAUCUAAACGAAGUGGUCGUCUCCUUUCCAUUAGGACUUAAACUGAAAGAUUUAAAAACUCCUUCAUUUCACUUUCGGUCAGAGUAUUACAAAGUCUUCUGUCGCCAUCGAGAAGAACAUAGAAGUCUAAUUUAUAAAGCGUUGGUUGUGAGUGCGUAUAUGUUUCGGGUUUGAAUGUUGUUCGUAUUUGCAUCUAUAUUGUUAUUGACAAGUUAUUGUUACAGUAGUUAUGCUGAGGUGGUCAACUGUAGUCAGAAUAAAUUUCCAUUUUCCAAUAAAAA